UCGAACGCGCCGCUGCUCAGCGAUUUCGAAUUGGCGCGAAAGCAAGCAAUAAAAAAAAUAUACACAAUACAAAUUUACAAGUUUCUCACAUAUAGUAUACGGGCUCAAAUAUUUACGUGCUGCAACGGGUUCGUCGGCAAAUGGAAGUGCGUAAAAAAUAAAGAGCAAUUAAGCAAAGUAACCAUAAAAUGCAACACACCUUAAAAUAUCAUUGUGAUUUAUAAACUAACAAUUUAAACAGUGCCCAAUUAAUGUUUACAAAUUGCUGUUUAAGCUGUGGAAUGUUAAUUGAGAGUGUUACCAAUUUUAAAACCCGUUAAGUGUGAAAAAUUCCCUAAUGGAAAUGAAACGAAAAUCGCAAACAAUAUUUCCUGGAAACAAAAUCAAGAGCAAUCGAAACACACUCGGAAAUCAAUUAAUUUGCACAUAGGCACAUCUCAUAUUAAAUGAUAAUUUUGAAAACACGUAAAACACAAGACCUGAUGUGCACAUGAUGUGAUAUUUGCCAGAGCUGCGCCCAGUCAGCCGAUCUGCUAUAAAUAGUGCUUAUCCCGGCGAAAAUGUUAUAUCCAACCUGCUAAGUGGGAAGGCCAACACAAAAGUUAUCUAAGAUAAUCAUAGGAAGAUCAGAGAUCGGGCUUACGUGACGGAUUCAACAAUGCAUUUGAUCGGCAAUGAAAAGGAAAUGAAUGAAUGUCCCAGCAGUAGAACCAUCGAUCUGUCCGCCUCCAAAAAUUGCAGCACCUCGUCCACGGACUCUGGGGUUAUACUAAUUGAUAAUGUGGCAUCAUUCCGACCCGACAAGAAGACCAAAGAGGCGGCUGAGCCUCACAGCCAAUCAAAGGCGGAAGAGAAGAUGGAUGCGGCGGAUACGACGGAUUCCAAGCGUAUCAGCAUCGAACAUACUGUGAAUAUAACCAAGGCAGGAGGAAAGUCAUCAGCCUCGCCGACGGUCUCCAUACGGAGCACCACCAUAUCGGUGGUAUCCAUCGAUGAGAAUGCCAUCGAUUCCAGUUGUAUUGACAGUGAUUCGGAGGCCGAUCCGGAGGACUUUACGGUCCAGAAGCUGGGUCACCAGGUCACCUACCCGCCCCACAGUUCCCACCUGCGCGACCUCAAUCAGGGUCUGACGGUGCUAAGUCGCCAGGUGACGACGCCCAGUCAGUCGGAAGUGCCACCUCCCAAGCCCUUGGAGGCCGGCGUGGUGGCCAAACAGAUCCUCAAUGGUAAUUUGGCCCUGCCCACGCCCACAACACCGGGCGGAGGAGGAGCCACCCAAGGAAUUGGUAGCAUCGCAUUGAACAACUCCACGGAUGUGACCUUUGGUGAUAAACAUUUCUACGAGGGACCCGUCACGAUACAGCAGUUUCUCAUCGAUAACCGGGAAAAGUGGAAAUCGGGAGAGGGUCCAGGAGGUGGCCAGGAUAAUCCCGCCUUCAACGGAGAACCGACAGCCAAUGGCAAUGCACCGGGCUCAAAGCAUGAUGAUCCUGCACAGACGCCACCCUUCUGCCCGUUCCUGCCCAACACUGUUGGGCGCAAGGCCUUCACAAUAGCGGUGGCAUUCGUGUUGCUGACCACACUUCUGGUCAUUGUGCUGGGCACCACCACAAACCUCUUCGGCAAGACGUUGAACCAAAGUAAGCUCAGCGAUGUCGACGAUUCCAGACAAAAUAUUCCAAUCAAUUCAACAAUAGAUCGGGACAACAUAGGCGGUGGCUUGGUCCUGCGCUUCGUGGACCGCCAGGCGUGGCUUGCCCAGCCGCCGCAGAAGAAGAUUCCGGAUCUAGAGCAACCCGUGGGAUUGGUGAUUGUGAUGCCCACCAAUUCGGAUAAUUGCACCACGCAGGCGGCAUGCGUUUUCCGGGUGCGUCUCCGCCAGAGUUAUGACAUUGAGUCGGUGCAGGAGGACGACAUCGUGUUCAACUUCCUCAUUGGCGGCGAUGGCAACGUCUAUGUGGGACGGGGUUGGGAUCAGGUGGGCGCCCACAUGGCCGGCUACAAUUCGCGGAGCCUGAGUCUGGCCUUUAUUGGAUCCUUUCAAACACGAAAGCCAUCCCCCAAGCAGCUCAGCGUGACCCGUCUCCUGCUGGAGAAGGGCGUGGCUCUGGGCAAGAUUUCCCCUAGUUACCGGCUAACGGCGGCCAGCACCCUGGAACCAACUCUCACCACAUACAAGGCGGAUGCCCUCUACCAAAGCUUCGGCAACUGGACUCAUUGGUCGUGAAUAGUUUGUAAGAUCUGAAUCGAUGAGAUCGACUUGAUAUUUUAGCUUAGCUUCUUAUUCUCCUUCCCUUUUAAUGUGUGGCAUAUUCAAUUUAGCUAGAAUUACGAUUUGUUUGAAAAAAAUGUGAUAUUAAA